AUGGCAAUAUAUGUAAUAAUGUUAUAUAUGUGCAAGGGAUCUUUCCCUCUUUCCUCAUAUUUGACAGGUUACAUUACACAUACAUCCACAAGUAUACAUACAACCACUACUAACAGACAAGUAGAAGAAGAGGUAGUAAGAACAUAUAAUUGCCCCAAUCCCAGUCUAAAAGCAAAGCAACUACUACAAACCCAACAUCAACAACAACAACAACAAGAAGACAUGUCGUUAUAUUACUCUCUAGUGUUUGCCAUACUAGUCACAGAAAUUAUCCUUUUCGCAAUCUUAGCAUUACCAAUCCCAUCCAAGUUCAGAAAACCAUUAACUUUAAUCCUAUUAAAACCGUUCAAAAUCCCACCAAUCCAAAUAGCUUUGAAAUGUAUCCUAUCUUUCAUCCUACUUUUAUUCAUCGAUUCAAUCAACAAAGUAAUCAACAUUAACAAAGAAUUAUCAACAACUUCUUCAAACAGUAACCCAACUCCAGCUAUAUCAUCUUCAAAUGAUAGAAUUGAGAUCCUUUCAAGGAAAUUCUUCGCUCAAAGAAAUAUGUAUUUGACUGGUAUAACUUUAUUCUUAACUUUCAUAGUAAUGAGAACUUUCACUCUAGUUAAUGAAUUAUUAGAUUUGAAAGAUCGUUAUAGAAUUAUUGAAAAUAGAAUCGGUGGUAAGGGGUCUAAAUUAUCAAAAGAGGAACAAAUUGAAAUUGAUGAAAAAAUAAAUUACAAAAAUUAA